AUGUCGGCCGAAGCAAUGUGUUACGAUGCCAACGAUCCAGAGUUGAAAGAAGCUUUGAGAUAUUUAGUUUUACCAACAGAAGAGAAAUUGAAACUUCGUUCUCAACCGUUCGAUGCUAAGAAAGCAUGUUGGAUACCUGAUCCAAAGGAAUCUUUUGUUGCUGGUGACAUCGUCGAAGUCAAAGGCGAUCAAGUAGUAGUGAAAACAGCUAAAGGAGAGAAUGUUACAUUGAAAGCAGACCUUGUGCAACAAAUGAAUCCGCCAAAAUAUUGUUGUUAUGAUGAUAUGGCUGAUUUGACUUAUUUGAAUGAUGCCUCAGUCUUGGCCAAUUUACGUGACCGAUACUCGCGAUGGCUCAUUUAUACCUAUUCGGGUCUAUUUUGCGUUGUCAUCAAUCCAUACAAACGUCUACCCAUUUAUACCAUGAAGGUAGUGUUAAUGUAUCGUGGCAAAAAACGUACUGAAGUAACACCACAUUUGUACGCCAUUUCUGACAAUGCCUAUUCUAACAUGCUUCGCGAUCGUGAAAAUCAAUCCAUGUUGAUUACCGGUGAAUCAGGUGCUGGAAAAACAGAAAACACCAAGAAGGUCAUUCAAUACUUUGCUUUGGUCGCUGCUGUCGGCACAAAGAAGGAAGAGGGCGCGGCGAAAACAAUGACACUCGAAGAUCAAAUUGUGUCUUGCAAUCCCGUACUCGAAGCUUAUGGUAACGCAAAAACUACUCGAAACAACAACUCUUCUCGUUUCGGUAAAUUUAUUCGAAUUCACUUUGGUCCAACGGGUAAAAUUGCUGGUGCCGAUAUUGAAGUAUAUUUACUUGAAAAAUCUCGUGUCAUCUUUCAGCAACCAGCUGAACGUAAUUACCACAUUUUUUAUCAAAUGUGUUCGAAUGCCUUCCCCGAUAUGCACGGCGAGUGUCUCAUUGGUAAUGACGCUUCGAAAUAUUUCUACGUUGCUCAAGGCAUGUUAACCAUCGACGGUAUUGAUGAUACUGAAGAAAUGAAAUUGACCGAUGACUCUAUGGAUGUUCUCGGUUUCAGCAAGGAUGAAAAGAAAAACUUGUACAAAUGUACAGCAGCUAUUAUGCACUUUGGUAAUGGUCAAUGGAAACAGCGACCUCGUGAAGAACAAGCUGAACCCGAUGGCACUGAAGAUGUUGAAAAGGUGGCCCAUUUACUUGGUGUUGAAGCAGCUGAUCUUCUUAAAGGUUUACUCAAGCCACGUAUUAAGGUCGGUAAUGAAUAUGUUAACAAAGGUCAAAAUAAAGAUCAAGUUGUCAACUCGAUCGGUGCUCUUUCGAAAUCGAUCUACUUUCGCAUGUUUUGCUGGUUAGUCGAACGUGCCAAUAUGACACUCGAUGUCAAAGCUAAACGUCAAUAUUUUAUUGGUGUACUUGAUAUUGCUGGGUUUGAAAUUUUCGACUUCAAUGGAUUCGAACAAUUGUGUAUUAAUUACACAAACGAACGUCUUCAACAAUUCUUCAAUCAUCACAUGUUCGUCUUGGAACAAGAAGAAUACAAGAAGGAACAAAUUGAUUGGGUGUUCGUCGAUUUCGGUAUGGAUUUACAAGCUUGUCUUGAACUGAUCGAAAAGCCAAUGGGUAUUCUUUCGAUUCUUGAAGAAGAAUGUAUCGUACCAAAGGCAUCAGACAAGACGUUUGUUGAAAAACUUUACAAUAAUCACUUGGGUAAACAUUCUCAAUUCGGCAAACCCAAACCUGCCAAAGGAAAAGCAGAAGCUCACUUCGAAAUUCAUCAUUAUGCAGGCUCUGUUGCCUAUACGGCCACAUCAUGGCUUGAAAAGAACAAGGAUCCCAUUAAUACCACUGUUGCUCAACUCUUCGCCAAAUCGAAGAAUGUUUUGUUGAGUCAUCUCUUUGCCGAUGCUCUCGAAGAGGAAGGAGGCAAAGGUGGCGGUGGUAAGAAGAAAGGAGGAGGCAGUAUGCAAACAAUCUCGGCUACUCAUCGAGAACAAUUGAACAAAUUGAUGGUCAAUUUGAAACAAACGCAUCCUCACUUUGUCCGAUGUAUUAUCCCGAAUGAAAUCAAGACCGGUGGUGUUCUUGAUUCACAUUUAGUUAUGCAUCAAUUGACAUGUAACGGUGUAUUAGAAGGCAUUCGUAUCUGUCGUAAAGGCUUUCCUAAUCGUAUGAUCUAUUCGGAGUUCAAACAACGUUACUCCAUUUUGGCCCCCAAUGCAAUUCCAAAGGGUUUCGUUGAUGCCAAGAAAGCAACAGAGAAUAUUCUCAAAGACAAAGAUGUUAUGUUAGCUGAAGACUUGUACCGUUGUGGAGUCACAAAAGUCUUCUUCAGAGCUGGAACACUCGGUCUUCUAGAAGAUUUACGUGAUCAAGCCUUGUCAAAGAUCAUUGCUGCUUUACAAGGUCAAGUUCGUGGUUAUAUCAUGAAAAAACAAUUCAAACAUAUGUUGGAACAACGUUUGGCUUUGUCCGUUGUUCAACGCAAUCUUCGUAAAUAUUUAUCAUUACGUAACUGGCCUUGGUGGAAACUCUAUACCAAAGUCAAACCUUUAUUAUCCGUGGCUCGACAAGAAGAAGAUAUGAAGAAACUCGAAGAAGAAUCCAAAGCACUUAAAGAAGCUUUGGAAAAGGAAGAGAAAUUACGCAAAGAAAUGGAAGAUAGUAUUAAUAAAUUAAAUAGAGAGAAAAAAGAACUUUAUGAUCAAUUGGAAACAGAACGAAAUGGUUCAUCAGGAAUGGAAGAACAUCUUACACGAUUGUUGACUGACAAAGCCGAUCUUGAACAACAAAUCAAAGAGAUGGAAGAACGUUUCGGUGAAGAAUCACAAGCAUCGCAAGAUUUGAGCAAUAAGAAGAAAAAAUUGGAACAUGAAAUGGAUGGAUUGAAGAAAGAUAUUGAUGACAUGCGAUUGAAUUUACAUAAAGCCGAGAAUGAAUGCAAAACACGUGAUACUCAAAUUCAUACUCUACAAGACGAAAUUGCCCAUCAAGAUGAAUCCAUUGCUAAAGUAACGCGAGAACGUAAACGUUUAGAAGAACAAAAUGCCAAGACCACUGAACAAUUACAAGCUGAAGAAGACAAAGUCAAUCAUUUGAAUAAAUUGAAAACAAAACUCGAACAAACACUCGACGAACUUGAAGGUGGUUUGGAACGCGAGAAGAAAGGUCGUGCUGAUCUCGAUAAAUCUAAACGAAAACUAGAAGUCGACUUGAAAACAUCACAAGGAAACCUCGAAGAACUCGACCGAGCACGACGUGAACUUGAAGAGAAUCUCAAACGUAAAGAUCAAGAAAUUCAACAGAUGAGUACUCGCCUAGAAGAUGAACAAGGUCAAGCAGCUGGUCUUGGCAAAAAGAUAAAAGAAUUACAACAUCGUAUUGAAGAAAUGGAAGAAGAACUCGAAAGUGAACGUCAAACACGUGUAAAGACAGAAAAACAACGAGCAGAUUUGGCACGUGAAAUCGAUGAGAUGGGCGAUCGAUUGGAAGAAGCCGGAGGAGCAACAACCAGUCAAGUUGAAAUGAACAAGAAACGAGAAGCAGAACUGGCUAAACUUCGUCGUGAUUUGGAAGAAGCCAAUUUACAACAUGAAGCCACUGCUGCUCAACUACGCAAGAAACAUCAAGAUGCUGUGACUGAAAUGGGUGAGCAAAUUGAUCAACUUCAAAAAUUGAAAAAUAAAUUGGAGAAAGAUAAACAAACAGCUAAAUCAGCUUUCGAUGAUUUACAUUCACAACUCGAACAUCUUCAAAAAGGCAAAGCAACAGCCGAGAAACUGUCCAAACAAAUGGAACAACAAUUAGGUGAAAUGCAAGCCAAGAUUGAUGAUCAUGCCAGACAAAUCAAUGAACUUCAUCAAAAGAAAUCAAAAUUAACCAGUGAUAAUUGUGAAUUAGUCAAACAAUUCGAAGAUAUCCAAAUUCAGAUCAUUUCAAUAACCAAGAUCAAAAUUACUUUACAAACACAACUUGAUGAAACUAAACGAAUACUCGAAGACGAAUUGAGAAGCAAGGGACCAAUGAGUUCCCAAUUACGUAACUUAGCUGCUGAUCUUGAACAAGCACGAGAGCAACUCGACGAAGAACAACAAAGCAGAGCUGAAUUUCAAAAAUUAGUCAUCAAACUUACUUCAGAAGUUCAACAAUGGAAAUCACGCUAUGAAUCCGAAGGCAUAGCCCGCGGAGAAGAACUCGACGAAGCCAAACGUAAAUUGGCAUCGAAAUUGUCUGAAGCAGAAGAACAAGUCGAAGCAGCCAUAUCCAAAUGUAAUGCAUUAGAAAAAGUGAAAAUUCGUCUUCAAGGCGAAGUUGAAGAUCUUAUGGUUGAUGUAGAACGUGCCAACUCUAAUGCAUCAUCCAUGGAUAAGAAACAGAAACAAUUCGACAAAUUAAUCAACGAAUGGAAACAGAAAUGUGAAGAUAUCAGUAUUGAACUUGAAAAUUCACAAAGGGAAUCACGAUCAUUCUCAACUGAAUUGUUUAAAAUCAGAGUUCAAUAUGAAGAAUCAUAUGAACAAAUUGAUGCUUUACGCAAAGAAAACAAGAACUUGGCUGAAGAAGUCAAGGAUCUUAGCAGCCAAUUGACCGAUGGCAGCAAAGAUGUUCACGAAAUUCAAAAAGCUCGUAAACAUGCUGAGUUGGAAAAAGAAGAAAUGCAAACUGCUUUGGAAGGAGCCGAAUCAGCUCUUCAACAAGAAGAAGCUAAAGUAUUACGUGUUCAAUUGGAAUUGAGUGUCGUCCGACAAGAAAUUGAACGACGCGUUCACGAGAAAGAAGAAGAAUUCGAAAACACUCGUCGAAAUCAUGCACGUGCUCUCGAUUCCAUGAGUGCCAGCUUAGAAAGCGAAACCCGUGCAAAAAUUGAAGCAUUGAAACAGAAGAAGAAACUCGAAUCAGACAUCCACGAACUUGAAGUUGCUCUUGAUCAUUCAAAUCGUAGUAACACCGACUUACAGAAAUCAUUCAAACGAUUACAAGUGAAUAUUUCCGAGUUACAAAUACAAUUCGAAGAACUACAGCAACAACGUGAUGGAGCUAAUGAACUUGCUUUGGCAGCUGAACGUCGUGCCAGUGGUAUGAUUGCUGAAUUAGAAGAAUUACGAUCAGCUUUGGAACAAGCCGAACGAGCUCGCCGAUCAGCUGAGAGUGAAUUGCACGAAGCUGCUGAUCGCAUCAGUGAAGUUUGUACAAUUAAUGCUAACAUAUCUUCACAAAGACGGCAAUUGGAAUCAGCAGUUUCGUCCAUGGAAGCUGAUUUGAAUGAAGCUAUCAGUGAAUUGAAACGUAGCGAAGAAAUAUCCAGGAAAGCUUCUACUGACGCUGCUCGUGUCACCGAAGAACUACGUCUAGAACAAGAACAUGCUUCUAGUGUUGAACGAUUACGUAAAGGUCUUGAAGUACAAAUUAAAAACCUUCAAACUCGUCUCACUGAGGCCGAAAGUAAUGCAUACAAAGGUGACAAACGUGUCAUGGCCAAACUUGAAUUACGCAUUCAUGAAUUAGAGGCUGAAAAUGAAGCAGAACAACACAGUCAUCAAGAAACACUCAAGGAAUUACGUAAAAAUGAUCGUCGAUUGAAAGAAAUCGCCUUUCAAGCUGAAAGUGAUCGUAAACAUCAAUUGCAUUUACAAGAUCUUGUUGAGAAAUUACAAAGUAAAAUCAAAGUCUACAAACGACAAGUUGAAGAAACUGAGGAAAUUGCUACACUCAAUUUGGCUAAAUAUCGCAAGAGUCAACUUGAACUCGAGGAAUCGGCUGAACGCACAAAUAUUGCCGAAUCUCAACUUGGAAAGUUUCGCAUCAAAACUCGCUCAACUGUCAGUGUUGGUCGCGUCGGUGAAUCACACGAACACCAUGAGUCAACAAUUGUUCGAUCUGCAUCCGCCAUCCGUUCAAGCUCAGUUCGUCCACGUUAA